UAAAAUCCCAUGCAAGGCUAGUAGCUGUGAAGGUAUGUUUGAUGACGUUACACAGGCUGGAGCUUAAACGCAGGGGAAGAAACUUUAUCCAGAGCUACUGAGGAGUAACUGUUAAUGCAAAUUGGAAUUCCCUGACUUGUUUGUGAAAACAUAAACAGUGACUAGGUAUCGACCUUCACUAGCUGUAAAUAGCUACUGAACAGUUAUGUGCAGGACGAUUUGGGCAUAACAAUCAACAGCGCCAUUGCCUUUUUGCAAUAGCUAGCUACCUAGCUAUUUAUCGUCUCUGUGGUGCAGCUGCGAUGGUGAUGCUAACCUAGCCCUCGGCGUGAGUUCUUCCCACCUGGUCCCUUGGAGUGCGUCGCCCUGUUGCCAUGACGUGGUGCAGGCUUGCUGCCACGGCCGCCCUGCUGCUACUGCUUGUGGUGCCCUGCCUCUCCAGUCAUACUGGGGAGUCUCCCAACCUUCUGGCCAACAUGACCCAGAGCAAUCGCUCUAUAUGUGCCUCUGCAUGUGAAGUCACUGCACGCUGUAAUUUGUCAGUCUUUGAUGAAGUGAAGAAAAUGUGCUAUUUUGUUAAGUGUCCCAGUGACGCUGCCUGCCAAAAUGUAUCUGUGGAAGAGCUCCGAAGCGAAACUGGUGGUCAUGUUGAACCUGACCCUGAACCUGACCCUGAACCUGACCCUGACCCUGAACCUGACCCUGAACCUGACCCUGAACCUGGCCCUGGACCUGACCCUGAACCUGACCCUGAACCGGACCCUGAAAAACCAAAAUUAUCCAUGUCUCCAAAUGCUUCUCUUCCUGUUGCCAGUCUUGACUUGUUGCCCCAAGAGCACCAGUCAAACUUGUCAUUACCCAUCCCACUGAACGGCAGCAACACUGACGUAGCACUUGACAAGGGUACAAAGAAUAUCACUUCACUGCAAAUUGGCACGCCAGUCAACUCAUCCAGUGAUGACUUGACACAGGGAAGCACACAUGUAAACAUCUCCACAGCUACAGCUGUUAGUCCAUCUCAACUCACAAGUGAGGUCAGUCCCACAAACCUCACUACCAUUACCACCAAACCUGCUACAACCAUGACUAUAAUGAAUACAAACAAGUCGGCGACUGCAGCAGUUACACAAACGACCCAAAUCUCGCAGAAUAAAACCUCUGCAACAAAGCUGACGACCACAAAUCCAACAAAACCAACAACCACAACUGCAGGAACAACCGCAGCGGCAACAACUACAACCACAUCACUGUCAACCUCCACAACCAUCAAGACAACCUCAACAACCACCAUCUCCAAAACACCACCAGCUACCACCUCAACAAAGGCUAUGGUCACGGAGAUGCCAUCGCUGACCACAGUGAAUAUCCCUGGGACCCCUGCCUCCUCAAAGAGUACCCCUGUCACCACCCCACCUAGGACUACUCCCGGGAAGGAGGGUGGAAAUGCCAAUAAAGCCAUUCUCGAUGUCGAUGCUGGUCCACUGACCAGGCAGCUGAUGGACACCAGCUCAUUACUGGCCGUCCUCCUGUUCGGCCUGAUCUUCUUCCUCGUCACCAUAGCCCUUUUCCUCACGCAAGCCUAUGACAGCUACAAGAAGAGGGACUAUACUCAAGUGGACUACCUAAUCAAUGGAAUGUAUUCUGAUUCAGGUGUCUGAUGGCUACAGCUGGGUGAAAUGGUGUUUACAUUCCAAAAAAUGCACUUUUUUUAUAUUUAUUUUUGUUUGGUUUUUGUUCUUUUUUUGGAAAGAGGAUUAUAAACUUGCUCAAGGGUUGAACGGUGACACGGAUAUGGUUCCACAUAGAUCAUGCAGUAAUACACAGGUGUGGUGUUCUGGUUACAGUUAGUAGAACAUCUUUGGGGUUUGCAUUUUUUUAAUAAUCACCCAACACUUGCUGUGCAGGUACGGUGUAGUUACUGUCCAUCCAUGAUGUUGACACACACUGCCCUAUAGCUCAACUAAUUUGGAUUACUAAUUUUGUUUUCCUUUUUGAGAAUGAGAGCUUCUUGGCACUGCAGAGCUGCUGAUGGGAAUUCCAAUCCUACAUUUUGAAUGUGUUCCUUUAUAUUCAAAAUUAAAAUUAACAGACUUCUGCCUUGCUAUGGAAAGGGAGUGAUACUAUCGUACAGAAUCGGUAUGAUGACAUUAGUUGCCAACUGAUUUAAUAGUCUUUAACUCAAAUAAACAUUAAGUUCAUUAAAUGCUUUCAUUGAAUUUGUCAUUUUGGGAAUGGCAGGUUGCCAAAAAUAAAGUGAAAAAUGCAAGCCCUAAAUAUGUAUUCUAUGUUCAUACACCAACCGCUUUCACUGUAUCUGGGCCAUACUGUGUAGGCAGUGUUUUCUGCGUGUGCGCGCAUGAUAUUUACGCUUGCGAUGCUCUCUCUGAUGUAGCUGGUACAUCAUCUUCAUCUGCAGAGCCUCAGAAAAUGUGACUCAACUUUCAGUAUUUGAUAACCAUCAAACGUGGAAAGGUACAGUUUGUUUUCGCAGUGAAUAACUCAUUUUAAUUUGACGUAUAUGCGUGCGUAUUAAAGGAGGAUUUUUUAUUUUUUAUUUUUUUUGGGGGGGGGGGGAUGUCCCAGCAUUUCAUUCCCUGCGUGCUUUAGGUAAGACGUAAUAAUCACCAGCCGCGCUCACCUUUUUUUUACAUUCCAUUUAAUGGGUAAAGAAUGAAUGCCAAAACAAUAUCCAGAACUCUGGAGCACAUCCUUCUGAAGCCAAGGGAAUCACACAGCCAUUAUAAAGUGCAUUCAAGCAGCAAGAAAGUUCAAAGGGAACCUUUCUAAUAUUUUGGGGCUGCUGUCAAAGAAUAGCACAAAUCAGAGUUUUAUGUGCCAAUUUCUGUUUGUAUAGUCUUAAUGAUGCACUGCUAAAAAAUGAAACGGGUUUUGCAAUAAUAAAAGCAGGCUAUGCUUUCCAUAAUUUCAUUUAACCAAGAAAUGUCUGUCUCUGGCUGACAUUUUUUAUUUACACAAACGAUACAAUAUGUGUGAUGUUUACAGAUUAGUGCUGUAUGUGUAGUACCCUCUAAUGAGGACAUCUCUCCCUUUGUCGUACUCAUUAUGCUGUAUCUUCAGGAACUGUAUGGUUGUACAAUUAAUGUGUACAAACAAUACGGUUAAUUGGCAAAAGGUACAUCGCAUUAAUGUUGGAAAGAAAGUCUGCCAUUAUAGCGUAGUAAGACCCUGUGAACGUGACACACUGGAUGUGAUAAAGACACACUUCCUGUUAGGCGAAAAUGUACAGUAAUGACUGAAAAUUGUCAAAAAGGAAGUUAAAUGAUUUUGGAGCAGAAGGGGUUUGGUGUUUGGUGAGAUGGAGGAAAAUAUAAGGUAUUGAGGGUUGGAUGUAGUAGAGGUAGGCUGGAGGGCUACUUUCAUUUGGGAAAUUAGUAAAGCUGUUUGUUACUUUUAGACCACAGCGAUUUGUCCCAGCAUUUACCUAUACAAUGAAUCCAUAUUUAUUCUUCUUCUGCUUAGCCCAAGGUUCUACAGCCAACAGCUCAUAAAAAACAUAUAGGAACUGUCAGUUCAUUUAGUAGCCCUUCAACUUAUCUACUGCAUUACUGCAAGUAACGGGUGUGUCUUUUAAACUGAUUUCAUUGUAAUGCCCCCCCCCCCCCCCCUAAAUGGGAAGGUCUGAGGGAGGAACACAUGCUCAAGACAUUAGAGGAAAAUAUUGUGUAUCAUGAAACUGGUUAACUGUUAUAAGUAAAGUUCAAUUGAACCACCUCCUCCCCCUUUAUUCUAUUGUCUAUUUUAUUGACAAUAUGUUAUGUCUGAUCUGAUUGUUUGUGUAACAGCUAAGUAAGCCAUUCUGGAAAUGGUCAUGGAAAAAUGACUUUGCUUGGAAAAGACAACAGCUACUAAAACUGUAAAACCAGAAGUGACUAUGCAGGUUUGAGGUCUGAUGUGUGUGGGCCAUUUUUCUAAUGUGGGUAAUGUAGGAGGACACACAAAGAGUACCUGUAAAAUAAAAUAAAUCAAGUUCAUAAAUACAA